CGUCCAAGGAAAACGCGAAAAUCGAAGAGAAUGGGCAUUGCCGAGAGAACACCACGAAUCCUUCCAGCAAACUGCCGACUCCACCGAUUGCCCAAAACAUAAACAUUCCAUUCUCAUUUCUCACGCAGACACGAGCACUGAUACAGAAACACGCAACCCAAUCCAUAAUGAUCCCUUCUACCGACACACAUACCUCGUUUCCUGAUAAUCCAAUUCUCUAAUCAUGCGAGGCCACGAUCGGAUCAACACUUGUCUCCCCGACGAACUGCUCGUAGAGAUCUUCCGGCGCCUCGACUCCAAGCCGAGCCGCGACGCUUGCUCCCUCGUCUGCAAGCGCUGGCUCAACCUCGAGCGCCUCAGCCGCUCCACCCUCCGUAUCGGAGCCUCCGGUAGCCCUGACCAUUUCGUCAAGCUCAUCACUCGCCGCUUCGUCAAUGUCAGGACCGUCCACGUUGACGAAAGAUUAUCGCUCCCCGCUCAGUUCGGAAGAAGAUUUGGCAGUGAAUCUUUUCGCCCAUCUCCAAAGCUGCGUUAUGUGAAGGAGAAAGCUGGGUCUGAAGACAGCGAGUUUGAGACGUCUUACAUAUCAGAUGCUGGGUUGACUGUCCUCGGGGAAGGCUUUUCGAAGCUUGAGAAGUUGAGCUUAAUUUGGUGCAAUAAUGUGUCAAGUAUGGGUUUAGUAUCUAUAGCUCAGAAGUGUAGGUCGUUGAAGUCUCUGGAUUUACAGGGUUGUUAUGUUGGAGAUCCAGGUCUAGCUGCUGUUGGAGAGUGCUGUAGGCAACUUGAAGACUUGAAUUUGCGAUUUUGUGAAGGCUUGAGUGACAAGGGCGUGGUUGAAUUAGCCCUUGGGUGUAGAAAAUCAUUAAAAGCUCUUGGUGUUGCAGCUUGUGCAAAAAUAACAGACAUCUCACUAGAAGCAGUUGGGUUGCACUGCAAAUCUUUGGAGACCCUGUCGUUGGAUUCGGAGUGCAUAAGCAACAAAGGGUUACUUGCGGUGGCCAAGGGAUGUCCUCUUUUGAAAGUUCUGAAGCUGCAAUGUGUUAAUGUUACUGAUGAGGCUUUGGCAGCUGUUGGCACUGGUUGUUCAUUGCUGGAGUUGCUAGCUCUAUACAGUUUGCAGAGAUUUACUGAUAGGGGUCUACAGUCAAUUGGCAAUGGUUGUAAGAAGUUAAAAAAUCUUACCCUAAGUGAUUGUUAUUUCCUGAGUGACAAGGGCUUGGAAGCAAUUGCAACUGGUUGCAAGGAAGUUACACAUCUCGAAGUUAAUGGGUGCCAUAAUAUCGGAACUAUGGGACUGGAAUCCAUUGGAAAAUCUUGCCAACAACUCACUGAGUUAGCACUGUUAUUCUGCCAGAAGAUCGGUAACAAUGCCCUUCUUGAAGUUGGAAGGGGCUGUAAGCUUUUGCAAGCUCUUCACUUGGUAGAUUGUUCUGGUAUUGGAGAUGAAGGUAUUUGUGGUAUAGGUAGGGGCUGCAGGAAUUUGAAGAAACUUCACAUUCGUCGCUGUUAUGAGAUCGGGAACAAGGGAAUUGUUGCUAUUGGCGAGUAUUGCAAGUCUCUAACGGAUCUUAGCCUUCGGUUUUGCGAUAGGGUUGGAGAUGAGGCCCUUGUUGCCAUCGGUCAGGGUUGCUCACUGCAGCAUCUAAAUGUCAGUGGCUGCCACCAAAUUGGAGAUGCUGGGAUAAUAGCCAUUGCAAGAGGGUGCCCUCAACUCAGUUCCCUGGAUGUAAGUGUUCUCCAGAAUUUGGGGGAUAUGGCAAUGGCUGAAUUAGGAGAAGGCUGUCCGUUACUCAAAGAAAUACUGCUGUCACACUGCCGUCAAAUAACUGAUGUUGGUAUAAGUCAUCUGGUAAAGAAUUGCACCCUGCUUGAAUCCUGCCACAUGGUUUAUUGCCCUGGUAUAACCGCAGCUGGAGUUGCCACCAUGGUUUCUGGUUGCGCCAACAUGAAGAAGGUUCUUGUAGAGAAGUGGAAGGUUAGCCAGCGGACUAAACGAAGAGCAGGCCCUGUAAUCUCUUACCUUUGUAUGGACCUUUAGCUUCAACAUCAAUUUAUGUGCAUACCCUGAGUCUGUAUAUGUUUAACACACGACUUUAUGGGAGAGAACAGAUAUUGGCACUCCCAGAAAGAUUAGUGAGAAAGCCGCGCAACCCGAGUUCCUCUUACUAAACACAGAAGGUUUACCGAUGAAUAUGGUUGGUAAUCUAAAUGUUUCCUUUUCUUUCUUUUUUUC